AUGCUGGCCAUCGAAGGGCCGCGAGCCCGUCAGCCGCGCUGCAGGUCUGAUGUCGGGGACGAGCGCGAGGAACAGGACCAGGACCAGGACGAGGCAAUGGAGGACGAUGCCGUCAGCGACGCCGACGAGGAGGCUGAGGAAGAACGCAAGUCGGUGGACAGCGACGAGGAGCUCAACGUGGACACGCAGCCGCAACUUGCGGAAGACGAUGAAGCUGAGCAGGUGCAGCCCACGCGGAGGCUCCGGCAAAAGACGGCCGAGCAAACGCUAUCGUUGCCGAGUCCGCCCGCUGAGUAUCCGUCCGAUGCGUGGCCCAAGCGAUGGAGGGGCCAAGCCGCCCCAAAGCCCGGUGAGCCAGGAUUCAACACCUAUGCUCAAGAGUGCAUCGCCACGGUGCUGAGAUGGUGGGAUGAGCGGGGCGUGAGGGAGGGUCACGAGAAAUACCAGAAAACUGCAGAGGCUGUGGCGCACCCGCUUUCUCCGUGCAAGCGUCUGCUUAUGGACGCCAGGAUGGGAGCAGGCAAGACCAAGGUCCUAAUCACUGUGCUGGACCAGCACUUCACCGACAAGCGCAAGAAACUGCCAAUCUUUCCGACGAAAGCCCUUGCAAGCAACUUCUACCACGAGCUUCUUCGAUGGCCUAAUAAGUAUCGCAGCUACUUUGCCCUUUUGCAGCCGGAGCUCGCCGCAAAGGCCGUGCCGCUGAAAGGAAGAAUGACCUCAUCCUCGCUGGUACAGGCUCUAGAAGAAUCCGAGACGAAGGAGUGGAGCGUUCCUCCCACGGAGGCCAACGAACUGGCAGAGCGGCUUCGCAUCGAGCUUGAAAUGACAUCGCUCCGCAAAGAGAGCGGAGAGCGCAUGUGCGGAGUGAACCGUGGAAGAUUGACCCGCACCUUCACCCGGUGGUUCCAGGGGAAGUUUCCCACGAGGCAACACUUGCUGCCUGGAGCGCCACUCCGAGCAAUGAACCUCAGCACAGCCGGGGGGAGUUUUUCUUCCAAGCGACCAAGUGGUGAAGCGCGCCACCCAGUGGCACAAUUCGGCUACGAUCUGGCCACGAGGAACGUCUUCGAUAAUGCCGUGGUCGUUAUUGACGAGGCCCACAACAUGCUGUGCCACCCCAAGGAGUGCAAGCUCCUGAGGCCGCAGCUGGACUCUGCCUCCAACCUCACGCUGAUUUGUCUCAGCGGCACUCCGCUGCCGGACAACCCAAAGGUGAAGCUGGCAGACUUACCCGCCCACCUGCAGAAGCAGCGUGAGCAGCUGGAAGGACUCCUGCAUGGCUGGACACCCGAGGUGUUGAGAAUUCUGAAGGCAGUCGCCAGCGCGGCCGGCCUGCCUGUUUAUGUGGCGGCGCAUCUCUUCGGCAAGCGCUUCUCCGGCUCCUCCUCCAGGACGGAGCCGAGCUCCUUGGAAGGCUUCCUGUGUUCCUAUCAUGGCCGGCUGCCUGGGGCUUCUGCAAAGAUCCUCAGGGGCUCCGCUCACAAGGUCUGUGGCACGGCACUGGCGCAGCCCGUGAAGCUUCCGGCCGUGAUGGCGGCCAGGUAUUUCAAGAAGGUCAAGGAGAGAAAAGAGCUGCGCACCCUCCAGAACUAUACCAACAUGGAGGUCUUCACAGGACACAUGAAGCAGCAAAAGUUCGAGGAUCGCGCACUUGCCGCGCCCGACAACUAUGCGGCGAAGCUCUUUGCUGCCGCUGAAGAGAUACUCACCACAGACCUGAAGACCGUGGUGCUGGUUCGCCGCCACACUGGCUACGAAUUCUUUGUGAAGUUGCUUCGCCAUCUCGAGACGUCACGGGGGAUGAACAUCGGCAUUGCCACGCUGGAAGACAAGGCAGUUUUCAACUGCUUCGACACCAACCUGCGGGGAGAGAAGUUCCGGGUGCUCGUCGGGGAGACCGGUGAGGCCGGAGAGGGCAGCAGCUUCUUCUGCGUGCGCAAGCUUUACCUGCUCGAUGUGCCCCUCACUGCCACUGACUUCGAGCAGUGCAAGGCACGUGUCGACCGUGCCAACAGCCACCGCGGUCUACCAGAAGAAGAGCGCACGGUCCAGGUGAAGAUUGUCUGUGCAGCGUUGCCCAGCCCUCUCAAGAAUUCCCUUGGCUCCUUCUUUUGGCUGCACGGCUUUGCUGCUCCCAUCGGCAGCGAGAAGCCCGCUGUCUGGGAGCGCUAUCUUCGGAAGGUGGAAAAAGGUGUUGACAUCCUCGAAACCAAGUUCGGCCUGAACCGCAAAGAAGCGGACUGCGUAGAGGAGCUUCAGGACAGGCUCCAGGACGAUCUAUGGGAGGACGAGGCCGAUGCUGUCGACGAGGAGUUCAAGAAGCUCAAGCUCCCCCAGCAGGUGCUCCAGCGCUUGAGGCGCUCUGGCGCGGUGGCCACGAACUCCCUUUGUACGGAGACGGUGGACGAGAUCGUCUGCAAGGAUCUUGCGAAACGGUGCAAGGCAGUUGAAGCUGCGCACAGCCAGCUGAAGCGGCUGGCUAUGGAUCGCUCCUUCUUUUCCUCCGAGUGA